CGCGUUCCUCGCUUUCCCUCCCAAAACCCUAGCGCUGCUUCCACCAGCCACCCAGAUCCCAUGGCGCGCUCGACCUCACUCUCCGAGGCGGAGGCGGGCAUCUCCUGCUUUGCCUCCUCCCUCCCUGGAUUCCGCGGCGUCCUCAAGCACCGCUAUGCCGACUUCAUCGUCCAUGAGGUUGCCCGCGAUGGCGCUCUCGUCCAGCUCACCUCGUUCGACCUCCCCACCGAGAGCGUUGGUGUGAACGAAGAGGACAAGGCGGCCCCGUCGGCUGAAGCGGAUCACUCGCAGGCCCUCGAGUCGUUCCGUUCGCUCUGCGGCGAUGCCGAUUGCAACGCAUUGAGGGGUCUCCUGGAGAAGGUGUCGGGCGAGGGUGGCGGUGAUGUCUCGCCUGUCAUUCUAUCGCCUGAUGCCGACAAAGCACACCGUUCGGAGGUGCAUAACUUCUUUAAGAAGACCUUCAAGUUCCUGGUCACGGACACGGUGGAACACAGUGAUGGGGUCCAGAAGUGCAUCAGGGUGCGGUUCGGGUCAGAAGCAGGUGUCGGAAGGGGUGCUGGCGGCCGUGGGAGAGGAAGGAAACGGAAGAACAUGGGUAGUUCUGAUUGGAGAGAUGGUAGGCCAUUUGAUAGUAGAGGGUCAAGUAAUUGGCCAGAUAAUGUUGGGAAGUUCCUGAGGUUUCACCUGUACAAAGAGAACAAGGACACCCAAGAAGCAUUAGGAGUAAUAGGAAAAAUGCUAGGACUUCAGCCACGGUCAUUUGGGUUUGCAGGUACAAAGGAUAAGCGUGCUGUUACUACACAGCAGGUAACUGUAUUCAAGGUGCAAGCCAGUAAGUUGCUUGCUCUUAACAAGCGGCUGUUUGGGAUUAAAGUUGGAAAUUUCUGUUACGUGAAGGAGGGACUUGUUCUUGGUCAGCUCACAGGAAAUCGAUUUACAAUUACUCUGAGGGGUGUUACUGCAGAAUCUGAAGACAUGAUAAAAAUUGCAGUAGAUGGCCUAGGAAAGAAUGGAUUUAUCAACUACUAUGGUUUGCAGCGGUUUGGAAGUGGUUCAAUACCAACACAUCUUGUUGGGGCUGCUUUGCUUAGAGGAGAGUGGAAGGUUGCUGUAAACUUGAUUCUUGAUCCAAGGGAAGGAGAGCGUGAUGACAUCAAUGAGGUGCGCAAACGUUACAAAGAACAUGGUGACAUUGAUAUGGCACUGAGAAACUUCCCUCGACACCUCGUAGCUGAGAGGGCCAUACUUCAAUGUCUGAAGAAAUGCCCUGGUAACCAUCUACAAGCACUCAAGGGUAUACCAAGAACACUGAGAAUGAUGUACGUACAUAGUUACCAAAGUUAUCUGUGGAAUCAUGCUGCCAGUAUGAGAGUGGAAAAGUAUGGCAUCUCACAGGUUGUAGAAGGUGACUUAGUGUAUAACAAAGAAUGCCCUUCAGAAGAAUCAACUUCCGUAGAUAUUCUGGAAACUGAUGAUGACCAUACAAAUUCAAUUGAAAUCGAUCUAUGUUCUGAAGCACAACCAGAAGAAAGCAUCCAGUCUGCGAAGAUAGUUGAUUCUGGAGAUUUUACUAAGGGGAUAUACACUUUUGAUGAUGUUGUCCUACCUUUGCCUGGUUCACAAGCAUUGUUUCCUGGGAAUGAAAUUGCCGAGAUUUACCAUGAAAUGGCUAGAAAGGAUGGCAUUAGCUUGACGGAGAAUGCUCAUGGUGUCAAGGAGUUUUCGAUUACAAGCAUGAAAGGUGGUUACCGCCGAGUGUUCCAGCGGCCUAUUGGUUUUGAGUGGGAACUCAUAACUUACACAGAUGAUACUUCAUCUUUAGCAGAAACUGAUUUGGAUGUUCUGUCCAGAACCAAGCCUAAAGAAGCAAACGAGCUUAUUUCUAAGCAGGAAUCGCAGGAUAAGUUGGAAAAGGCUCCUGAUACCUCUGUGCCAACUAAUGGGAAUAGCUCCCAAGAAAAGCUUAUUGGCAGCCCAGAUAUACGACCAAAGAAAUUGGCCUUAAAAUUAGCAUUUACUUUACCAACAUCAUGCUACGCUACAAUGGCUAUCCGGGAGCUUCUGAAGACUUCCACCUCAGUUGCAUAUCAGAAAACACUCAGCUGCUAGAUUCUGUUUGGAAGACAUUCCUUCAUAGGAGUAUCUCUUAAUUACAUGGCUGCUGCCUGUCUUCACGGCAGUUAGAAUACCUGGAGGACUGAUGAAUCCACAAAAAUGAUGCAUUCUGCACAUGAGGCAUAACAAACAAUAUGUCCUAAUAAGUGUUUCUUAGGGGAAGACCGUGAGGAUGAUGUAUUGGGAUAUCUAUUCCGCGACAUGCUUUGUAUAACAUAAACUCCAUUUGCAAUAAUGGAAUCAACUUGGGUUAGCAGUAAAUCUGAUAUACUUGGGAUCCAAUAGAAAUUUUGGUACGGUUGAACUUGGUUAAA